AUGACGGCUCCCAACAGCUCCUACGACGUGGUGGUGAUCGGUGCAGGACUCUCAGGGCUGAGUGCUGCAAAACUGUUGAAAUCCAGCGGACUGAACCCUGUGGUGUUGGAGGCCAGGGACCGGGUCGGGGGCCGGACCUUCACUGUGCAGAAUAAGCAGACAAAGUGGGUUGAUUUGGGAGGAGCGUACGUUGGCCCAACUCAGAACAGGAUCCUGCGAUUGGCCAGAGAGUACGGCGUCCAAACCUACAAAGUGAACGAGACGGAAAACCUGGUGCACUACAUCAAUGGAAAAUCACAUCCAUUCAAAGGCCCCUCUCCUCCCACUUGGAAUCCUUUUGUUUCUAUGGACCUCAACAACUUCUUCAGGACAAUGGACGAAAUGGGAAAAGAGAUCCCUAGAGAGGCCCCGUGGAGAGCCCCUCAUGCUGAGGAGUGGGAUAAAAUGACGAUGCAGCAAUUCAUUGAUAGAACCUGCUGGACCAGUGCCGUUUGCCGCUUUGCCAAACUGUUUGUGAACGUGAACGUAACAUCUGAGCCUCACGAAGUGUCCGCGCUGUGGUUCUUAUGGUACGUGCGCCAGUGUGGAGGCACCAUGAGGAUCUUCUCCACCACCAACGGAGGACAGGAGAGGAAGUUCCUGGGUGGCUCCAAUCAGAUCAGUGAGUGCAUGGCCAAGGAGCUGGGGGAUCGGGUCAAGCUGGAGUCUGCGGUCUACAAGAUCGACCACAGCGGGGACACUGUGGUGGUGGAGACGUUGGACAAACAAAUCUACAAGGCUAAAUAUGUGGUUUUAGCCAUCCCUCCAGGUCUGAACCUAAAAAUCCACUUCAGCCCUGAGCUGCCUCCAUUAAGAAACCAGUUGAUUCACCGCGUUCCCAUGGGCUCUGUCAUCAAGUGCAUGGUGUACUACAAGGAAAACUUCUGGAGGAAAAAGGGAUAUUGUGGCAGUAUGAUGAUCGAGGAUGCGGAGUCUCCCAUUGGCCUGACCCUCGACGACACAAAGGCUGAUGGCUCGGUUCCUGCUAUUAUGGGAUUCAUUCUGGCCAGCAGGUGCAGAGAGCUGUCAGUUUUGACCAAAGAGCAGAGGCUGAAGAAGAUCUGUGAGAUCUACUCCAAAGUCCUUGGCACCGACGAGGCCCUCCAUCCGGUGCACUAUGAAGAGAAGAACUGGUGUGAAGAGGAGUACUCUGGAGGCUGCUACACUGCUUACUUCCCUCCAGGAAUCCUCACCCAGUUUGGGAGGGUGCUGAGGGAGCCCGUUGGGAAACUGUACUUUGCAGGCACAGAGACGGCAACAGCAUGGAGUGGUUAUAUGGAAGGAGCAGUGGAGGCUGGGGAAAGGGCAGCCAGAGAGAUAAUGCAUACAAUGGGUAAAAUUCACCAGAGUCAGAUCUGGCAAUCAGAGCCUGAGAGUUUGGACGUGCCCGCGCGACCCUUCAUCACCACCUUCUGGGAGAGGAACAUGCCUUCAGUCGGAGGCUUCAUCAAAUUCAUCGGUGUCUCCAGCUUCCUAUCGUGUGCCACGGCGGCAGGAGUCAUCGCCUACAAGAAAGGCCUGAUACCGCUAAAAUAA